GGAGCCAAUGUUGUGAUCACUGGACGUAAUGCCGAGAAUGUGUCCAAAGUAUCGAAACAGUGUUCAGAUGUGUCACCAAAACGUCUUAAACCUCUGGAAGUCGUGGCAGACGUUACCAAAGAGGAAGACCUCCACAGACUUCUGGACACAACUAUCAAGACUUUCGGAAAAUUAGAUAUUCUGGUGAACAAUGCCGGCGCCGGCUCUUUGGUCGCUAUAACUGACGAGAAUUUCAUUAAAAACCACAAAUGGGGCAAACUCUUCACGUCAUACUGUAUGUCAAAGGCGGCGCUCGAUAUGUUCACCAAAUGUAUGGCCGCAGAGUUGGGGGUCAAAGGGAUUAGAGUUAAUUCAGUCAAUCCGGGUGGAGUUCGUACCAAUUAUGGUCAGGCUAAUUUUGGUUUGAAUAAAGACCAGGAGACUGCUAUGUGGGAUAAAUUUUGUGCUACAUAUCCGAUGGGACGAGCUGGUGAGGGUUUGGAUAUUGCCAAUGCCAUUGCGUACCUGGUCAGUGAUCAAGCUGAGUUUGUUACGGGUACUAUACUAGUGGUCGAUGGCGGACACAUUGCCGCUAAUGUUAAUAUUGAACUA